ACAUCUUAAAACUAUUCCUAGCGAGCGAUCUAAGCGGCAGCCGUGGAGGAGAGCGGGAUGAUACUAUCCCGACAUUCUUCAUGCCGUCGCCGAAAUGGAUGCUCUCUUGAAUCUAGAUUCUCCACGAGGCAACUAUGUGUGUAGUUCUAUCCGAGAAAUACAAGACAAGCUGCAUCAUAGCCUCAUUUCGAAGUCGUCCGAUACGCGCGCAGAACAUACCUCCAUUACCUUCGAAUUCCGACAUAAUACGGUCUUUCACCUAAAUGCAGACACAGAGAAUAGCAACCCCGAUGGCUCCAUCAAUCCUACAAGCCAAUCGCAGCAACAAGCUGUUGCUAGAUCUGUAAAUGUUUCCGAAACGGUGCAAAACCAACCGGCCGACGACCCUGUGCUUCAACGCACUGUCGCAAAGCAUAUAGUUGGUGCGAUGGGAGUGAUCGACAGUAGCUCAUGGGUAGUUCGGCAGGUUUCUAGAAGCGCGCAAGGUUGGAACUUUACGUACAUCUGCAAAGACUCGCUGCAGGCGUGGAAUCGCGCAAACGGGAAGAAUGCCGAGCAACCUAUAAUUGCUAGUUAUAGUGGCCCAGGUAGUCUGGAUCCCAUAAAUUCCUCUCGCCCUGCCUUCGACUGUCGUGGCACCCUGACGAUCGCUUUCUCGAAAUCCGCCAGAAGCGUCAUCGUCAAGUACAACCAUACACCUAUCCACAAAACCGUCCAACAGCUAUUCGAGCUUUUGGCGCCAGAUCUACCACCUCCGCCGGUGAAUAAAGGCAACGCAAGCAAUCAGCGAACGCCAAAGGUUAAGCGACCCCCGCCAACCGAAGGCGAGGAAGGAAGCCGCAGGAAGCGCGCGAGGAAGAAGGGCCGGUCAGGUUAGCCAGAAAGGAGCCGAAUCGCAAGAUGCGGUUCUGAAUGAUGUACAUUAUACGUCUGUUCUAAAUGUCCCCCCAGACGAAGCUGCUCGACGCCAACAGACAGCGA